GCGCAGGGGUGGCCCCGACAGAGCGGUAGCCGCCGCCGCUGCUGCUGUAACGCCCACUACAGCGGGACAUUGACGAGCUCCUGACACAGUGCAGGAACUGGCGUGGGUGCAGAAUUAGCGCUGUCACACCGGGGCUGUAUCGGCAGUACAGGCGGCCAAAGCAAGGGCGAAGGUGGGGAGGAGAGAGAGAGAGAGAGAAUAGAUACAUCUGGCAACAAGACCAUUGUCCGUCACAGCUGAUUCCCGGGGUCAGCCGCUGACAGAGGCGAAAGCGAACUUGAGUUACAAUUGCAGAGGCGUCGGAGCCGCGGGCAGGGCAGGGCAGGGCGAGGGGAAGCGGCUGUGAACGCCCCCACCCACCCCACAAGGACCGGAGAGAGAGGUGGGGGUGUAAGCGUGUACCGAGCCCGUGAACCCACCAUGGGGCACCCGCCGCUGGAGUUCAGUGACUGCUCUCUCGACAGCCCCGACUUCAGGGAGCGCCUGAAAUCUUACGAGCAGGAGCUGGAGAAGACGAACAAAUUCAUCAAGGAAGUGAUCAAAGACGGCAACUCGCUGAUCAGUGCCAUCAGGAAUUACUCCUCCGCUGUGUCAAAGUUUUCACAGAGCCUGCAUGCGUUCCAGUUUGAGUUCAUUGGAGAUACAUUAACAGAUGAUGAGAUUAAUAUCGCUGAAUCCUUCAAGGAAUUUGCAGGGCUGCUGCAGGAAGUGGAAGAAGAAAGGGUCAUGAUGAUUCAGAAUUCCAGCAAUUUCUUAAUUAAACCUUUGGAGAGCUUUAAGAGGGACCAUAUUGGAGUUGCAAAGGAGAAAAAGAAAAAGUUUGAAAAAGAAAGUGAGAAGUUCCACUCUGCACUUGACCGACAUCUUAGUCUCUCCUCGAAGAAGAAGGAGUCUCACCUGCAGGAGGCCGACGUGCAGGUUGACAGAGAGAGGCAGAACUUCUACGAAGCAUCUUUAGAGUACGUUUACAAAAUUCAAGAGGUUCAUGAGAGAAAGAAGUUUGAGGUGGUGGAGCCAGUACUGGCAUUUCUCCAUAGUCUUCUCACUUUUCAACACUUGACCUUUGAGCUGACUCAGGAUUUCUUGCCCUAUAAACAGCAGCUACAGCUAAGUCUACAACAUACGAGGAACCACUUCAUGGGCACUCGGGAAGAGAUGGAGGACCUUAUGAAACGAAUGAAAGAAGCUCCACAAUCCUGCAAGUUACCAGGACAACCCACCAUCGAAGGCUACCUCUUCUUUCAGGAGAAACGGGCUCUAGGAUUUUCGUGGGUGAAAUAUUAUUGCAAGUACGUGAAAGAUGCCAAAGCUCUAACCAUGAUAUCCAGUGAUCCAAAACCUGGGGUAAAGCAAGAAUUUAAACUGAAGUCCUGCAUUCGGAGGAAAACCGAAUCCAUUGACAAGCGAUUCUGCUUUGACAUUGAGUUGGUUGAAAGGCCGGGCCCUGUCACACUGCAAGCACUAUCAGAAGCCAACAGAAAGUUAUGGAUUGAAGCAAUGGAUGGCAAAGAGCCGAUCUAUAUCACUCCAAAUGCGAAACCAGAGGAAAUGCAAUUGACUGAGCUUGGCUUGAGGUUUGUGAGGAGAUGCAUCAAUGCAGUGGAGUCCCAAGGGAUUACUAGCGAGGGCAUUUACAGAACCGUUGGCAGCAGCUUUCAAGUACAGAAACUACUAACUCAGUAUUUUGAUCUAAACCAUCCGGGUGACGUUGACCUGCAGAACAGCGAGUGGGACAUAAAGACAAUCACCAGCGCACUGAAGCACUACCUCAGGAAUCUUGAAGAGCCAGUGAUGACUUACAAGCUGCACAAAGAAAUCCUCUCGGCAUCAAAGUCGGACAACCUGGAUUAUCGGCUGGGCGCCAUUCACUCCUUGGUGUACAAGCUACCUGAGAAAAAUCGGGAAAUACUUGACCUUAUAAUUAAACAUCUAAUGAAUGUUUGCAGCCACAGUAAGGAGAACUUGAUGACUGCUUCCAACAUGGGAGUGAUAUUCGGGCCCACCUUGAUGAGACCGCAGGAAGACACUGUCGCGGCCAUGAUGAACAUCAAGUUUCAGAACAUCGUUGUGGAAAUCCUGAUUGAACAUUAUGAAAAGAUAUUCCAGUCCCUGCCUGAGGAUAACGCUGCUCCUCCAAUACCGCCACCUAGAGCGGCGCCUCGGAAACGGCAGCCAAUCACAAUCUCCAAGCGGCCGGCUCGCCAUCGCCCCAAUCUCAGCAUGUCGGGUUCAGUGGACGUGGAAGGUCAGCAUCCUUGUGGCGCAGGGAACGCAAACCAAAAUGCAAAUGGAGGCCAUCAUCUGGAGCUGGGCAUUGUGGGCUCCCCCCCCAGCCCAACCCCACUGCAGCGAUCGGCGAGGCCAAUCCUGGGCAGUGUGCGUGCGGCAGACAUCGAGGCUCCUGCUCGACACGCUGCCGGCAGCCAGAACUCAGAGACGGACGGAGGAAAACCUGCACCAAAAUUGAAAGAAGGCGGUCUAAAGAUGGGGCUAAAGUUUGUAAAUGGGGCACCUGUGUCAGACCAGACCUUUGCCGGUGUCUCUCGAGCAUCAUCCUUUCAAUCAAAGGCACUUUCUUCCAAAAUGUUUUACUCUGAUGAUGGUGAUUAUAAUAACGUUAAUGUAUAUCGGCCCCACCAUGAGAAGAGUUCGUCAGGUCUACAGCGGCCGCCCAUGAGACCACCAGAUCCUCCUAGUCGGGAUAAGGUCUCUCCACCGCUGAGAAUGGAGCCUCCCAGCAGCAUGGAAGACACCCCAUCGUCAGUGGUUGCUUCCAGAGCCAAGUUUUUUGAAAAGGCUGCUAGAGUAUCAGGCAGUGUGAACCCUUCUCCGCCCCUGUCCCCGCCUGUAAGCCGCAACAUUGCUGCGAAAGAUGAGACUUCAUGAGAGAAAGGCCUAGCUGGUUUCAGGGAAGCCUCUGAUCAGAACUGGAGCAAAUAUUUAUGUGAACUGCCGCACCUAUCAAGAUCACAUCUGGAACAUCCUCCAGUUACUGCAAAUGCAUCUUCACCAGGAGUUGUUCCAUCCCAGCCAGUGAAGUAGUGGACUGCUUUGAGUGGUAGUGUCCUUCAGCUAAUUGUUGCAUUUCCUUCCCUUCAAUCUAUUCUGCUGCAAGAUUGUAUAAUCCCAUCUUGUCUUUUUUCCCCCCUGAACACCCAGCCCUGUUUUUGAAAGGUCAGCUGUGUAUUUAAUCAAUAAAUGUUAAAGUACUACUGGUAAUACGUACAAACUUCGUUGAAUGUGCAAUGUAUUUUAUGUAAAACUGUGGGGCUUAGUGUUGGGAAGAUUUUGCUCGACCAUCAAUCCAACUAGGGUAAAUAUAAGAAAAGAGGUCAUGACUGUACAAUUUUUUUGAUUCAAAGCAUAACUAGUAAUUUUGUAACAUAUGAAGGACUGUUUAUAUCUCAAUCGUGUUAUCAGUGAAGAUUAUUCGCACUGGCUGCAGGGUGGGUAGUGAGAGCUUCAACUAGAAGCCAUGCUAUUCUUCGGAGGAGUUCAGGCAGCAAUUCUUGUCCUGUUGUAUCAAAAGAUUACUGUGAUUUGUUGCCCUUCAUGUUGAACUGUGACACUGACAUUGGCAACCUGGUUUUUGCAACUUGGUUCCCAGCCCCAGCUGCCUCUGAUCGAAAGAAUUGCUGGACCCCAGUUGGAGCACAGUGAAGAUGACCAAUAUCCAGCAAAUCAGCGCUAAAACCAGCAUCUCACAAUGUAACUGGUUGCGUCCUGUCAACCUAUUAAUCUCACAUUGGUGGAGAAUGGAUUUUUAGUUCAUUAUUUACUUCAUGUUUAAUUAGUAUUUUUAGAGUAACUCUAUUUCUUAAAAAGGACACUUAUUGAAUGCAUUCCAUUGAAGUAAUUUGGCAACUGGACACUUUUAGUACCUACCUUUGGUUCUAUGUUAGGCUGUGGAGUGCCGCCUAAUCACUAGACAAUGCCAGGCUCCCACACAAAAGGAGCAGGAACCCACAAUCCAGAUGUGGAGAACAAUUGGUCCCUCACCUGCCAACAUCUGGCAGUGCAAAGGAGAGGCAAAGUUCCUGGAACUGGAGAGACUGAUCCAUCUGGUGUAUUCUUCCCCAUUUGGGAUGAGUAGUCUCGUUUGGGGAGAUCAAAGGGAAUGUUUCUAACACAGGUUUUGAACCUGAGCCUUUUUGAUCUCGCUGCAGAGUCCGAUGCUGUGAGAUCUUUCAUUCCCCAGUUCUAACACUCUGGCUAACACACCUCACGAUAAUAAACUUUCACAAAGAAAAGAAGAAUCCAUAAAGCAACUAAUUAAAGACAGUUGUUGCAUAUAUAGAGUUCCUUCAUAUGCAGUGAUUGAUAGAUUAUUUAAAAAAAUAUGUUGCUCAGUGCACAUUCCUGAUGUCCAUUAGAUAACACCCCUGUAAAUCAUGGUUACUUUGUAAACUACAGUGCAAUUAAAUUAUUGGGCAAAUAACAUUUCUGGUUUAAAAAAAAUGUAUUCAUCACUUAGUUCACUUUUUUAUUGAUUGGGAUGUAAAUUGCCCUGUUGGAAAAUGUGUAUUUAUCGUUUAAAAAUGAUUCAAUGGCCUUAGAUCUUUUCUCCCCCAACAGAAUGUUGUAGCUGCUUAGCCACUGGUUUAAAUCAUCCUGUUUUAAACAUGGAAGUGUGCAGCGAUCCUGAAAACCUUUGACUCAUCAUGGUCAUCUUUGGUCACGCAGCAGUAGGGAAUGUUAUACCUAGUAAACAACACUGAUAUACAUUGGAUAAAGACACCACGACCCUGAAAUUGGCAGUUGCACUGAUGUGUAUUGUAAGGCAGACACAGCGAGAGUUGGGUGGCUUCAAUACGAUCAACACUUAUGUUAUUCGAAGCUUGAUAUCAUGGACAUUAGUUGUUUUGUGUCACCGUCACAAAAUAUGUCUUUAUUUCUCAAUGAGGGGUGUCAUGCUGUGAAGUUUAUUUUAAUUGACAUAAAUCUCUUUUCCCAUUUACAAAGUGAAGACAAGUAAUGAAGAGACUCCAUCUCCUUAAGCAGAUGACAACCAUUGCCUGCCUUGCUAAUAGGGAUUUUCAUUGCCUCUGUUAGUUGCAUCUAAUAUUGCCAUCGGUUAGCUAGUCAUAUAGUGGUCUGCGCAGAUUGGCUGUGUUUGUGCCAACAAGCCAAGACUGUUCAGGAGGUUAUAAUCUGGUUUAGGGGAUGAAAGAUAAAAAAACAUAGAACAUAGAAAACAGGUGCAGGAGUAGGCCAUUCGGCCCUUCGAUUCAAUAUGAUCAUGGCUGAUCAUCCAGAUAUUGCACAGUAAAUCCUUUUACUUUUGUUUCCCAAAGUAAACUUGUAAAUAGAAUAAUUUAGAAAAUCUUAUGGCAAACUUACCUUCACCAACAAAACGACUGAGGUAGGAACAUUGUUAGAUGGAGGAAUUCUGCAGCUGCUCAAAAUGAAGGCACUAAAGAGGAUUUUAAUAGGUAACGACUAGGUUUCUCUCACCACAUUGCUUCAGGGAAUGGAAGAGCUCGUGUUUCAUCAUUAUAAUCGAAGGCUACAAACUACCUGCCAUUUCCACGAUCACUUGGUACUUCAGUUUGCAAGCGGCAGGCUGUAAGAUGCUAAUCCCCACUGGGUAGAGGAAUCUUGGCUGAAAACAAUAAACUGCUAGUGUGUUUGUAUCAACAGGAACAAUGUUGAUGUUCCUCCUUGCAUCAGGUGGUGAACUUGGAGCUAAUACAAUCACAUUCUGCUCUCCCUGAUGAGAAGGCUGGUGGUGUGGUAGAGAAGAUUUCUGCUGAAUAAGCUGAUUUUGCAGGCCAUUUGUCCUUUUCGUUUGGUCUGUAAAGGCAAAUCUAAGUUCCUCUUUCAAACUGGUUGAGUGGGCAGGUUUGUGUCAUUCCUUGAUCAGUCAGGCUGGAUAGUUCUAUCUCAGGCCACAUAUAAUGACAGUCACUUGGGUCUGGUACUUGGACCUUCAUAACAGGAAGCCAAACAAAAUUGUGGGAGAUAGUUGUGUAAAUACCAUUAACUAUAAAGUUGAGUGAUUUCUGAUUUUUCUUUAAUUGCGGAUAUGUUUGAUGCAUCGAUACAGUGGAAGGAAUCUGGAGCUUUUAAAUAAGGAAGUUCAGUCAGACGUCACUGACAUUCAAUGUUAUUUUCAUUUCACUCAGUCGUCAGGCCUUUGUGCAAUUACUGAGGGAGUCGUUAUGAAUCAGUCUGCCUCUCAUUUGAUUACUAUUCCCACCUUAAACACAACAUAACUGCUUGGCAUGGUCCACUGAGUAUAAUUACAUUGCACCUGCAUGUUCCGUGUGGCAUGGUGACAAAUGCUUUAUUUUAAACCGCAGGGCUGUAAUUUUGGUUUAUGCAUGACUGGGCAUAAUUCUUAGGUUGUAUGUCAAGGUUUUGAAGUUGAAGUACUCUGUAAGUAAUCUUCUGUUUACCACAGGUGGAUAACAAAUGUGGGACUUGGAUGCAAAGCAUUAAGACGCCUCACUGAAUUAUCAUUGUAACCAAACUGCCACUAAUGGAAGAAUGUGUUGUAUUUGUUCGGGUAAUUGUAUCUGAUGCACCACUGAAAUAUUUGGAAUUGGGGCAAUGCAACAAUGGUACCCACUCUAGGCAGGCAUGAUUAUUAAAAGUGGCAAUUAUGGUUCUGUGCUUCUUUGACCGUGUCAUUUACUCAAUGCAUUAGGCAGUGGUGUUUUAGAAAUGACGCCAGAUCUAAUUAUCAUGGGCAAGGUGCUCACUGAAUGAAUAAACUGUGGAUGCUCUUCAUUGCUCUGCUGUGUAGAAAGAGACAAGAGCAUCCUUUCUACCAUGGUAUUGCCUGCUGGUACUACUGUACCCAAUGUCCAUUCAAUGCAUUGAUAACCUGUCUUUUUCACCAGUCCAAAAUUAAUCUGUGAUUUACAUUAUCCCGUUCUCUGGAUUGUAUUGAAUCUUAAGGCAGCUUCACCUACACCAUUUGGAAUCUUUUAAGAAGGGACUAUUAGAGAAGAAUUUAAGAUAUGGAGUAAUGGUCAAAGAUAAAGAUCUGAAUUCGCAUCCAGAGUUCCUUUAACACAUUCAAGAUCAUUGGGGUGAUUCAGGAUCAUAAUCUUUCCCCAUGUAUUUGACCAAAGCUAGUUCAGUAUUAUGUGGAAAGGCUCCAGAGGGCUGGGCAUUCUAGAAAUUUACUCCUCAAUUACUUUGCAACACAGUUCAGCAAUUAAUUACUGUUCUGUAAAAAUGAACGCUUGAUCCUAUUAACCAGUAUCAAAUGGGGGAAGAACAACCCAAACUACAAUUUAAGUUAAUAUUACAAUUUUGCAGAUACAAGCUCCUUGAUCUGUUGAAAGCCUUGCGAUAGAGACCCGUGCAACAAAAACCAUGCAUGGAAAGAGAAACUUGAGAAAUGUGCCUGAUCUGUAAACCAUUUGUAUUUAUUUGUAAUAAUUCAUCAAUUAUUUGAGCAAUCUAUUUCAAGAAUGAAUCAUUCAACACUUAUUGAUUUAUUUUUCUGCCUUGUCAGCCAUUCAUAUUUAAUUCAGUUGUUUGCUUCAGCGCUGUGAAGGAAGUUAAUAAAUGUUAAUAGACCAAAGUCAGAAAAGCUGGGGACGAGUUGUUCUGAGUAAUCUGUGCAGCGUUUGGGUAGGAAGCACUUGGUGGACUUCAACUCUAUGGUUUGGUGCAGUGGAUUGGAAGAUGGUUAAAGUUUCUUCUUUUCAGCCUCUUAUUCAACUGCCCAUUAAAUUGCCCUGUUUAGAUGAAUGUUUUAAGCAUCCAAUAUUCAUAAUUUUUCUAAGCAUCCCAAACGUGUUUAAUAAAUUACAAAUGAAUGGCGACCUUAAAUUUCCUUGCCGUUCCUAUCCUGUCCCAUUAUUAUUUUUUUUACUGAGAACUAACACCCCAUCCGCCCCUCAAAUCUUUAAAUAGCAUGGGAACUGCCCCUGGCAGAGCUGUGAACAGAUUUUGACACUUUUAGGAUCUAUCUGUAUAUUUCCACAGAAACGUAUAUUGCCUUAAUUUCUUUGUUUGAUGAUUGAGUUUGGAUUAUAAUUGUUGGGUGUGUACAAAAUGUCAGCUUAAGUAGAUUGAUGUUGAAGCCUGCUAUUCCUUUGUUCAGCACUUUUCCCCCAUGUGUUCUGGAAUGUAAAUGGUGCCACUCAAAUACAUAUACAUUGUGUUUUAAGUGUACAUUGAUGUUGAUAAUGUUUAUUAUAGAAAUAAAAUGAACAUUUGCAGCCUGCA